AUGGCUUACAAUUACUAUGAUGAACACGAUGAAGAUGAUUUACCAGUUUUUUCAUUACCUACAUUAACUGUGACAAAGAGAACUUCAAAUACUACCGAACAUCAAGAAGAUGAUAUGCCAAACGAUCGUUCAAGUGGUUUACUUGAGAACUGGAAAACACUUUAUGAGAGAAGUCUUCAUUCUUUAAAAUCUACCGAUGAAGAUCACGUAUCAACUAACCAACCAUCGCUUUGUCUUCGUCGACAACCAUCAGUUAACAGACCGUCGAGUAGAAUAAUUUGUUCGCCUAUUUAUCAACGACCAUUUGAUCUCAAUACACCUAAGUCAAGAUGGGAAAUACGUUUACCUCAAUUACUUGACACAACAGUUGGUCCAGAUCGUCCAAAUCGUGCUUUUGCACGACGACAUACAACUGAUAUUGUUUUUCAACGGUCAACUUCGAACAAUGACGAAUUUAAUGCAUACGGUUCAGCACAAAUACCCGAUGAAACUAAUAAUGAUCGACCAAUAGCUCCACUUGUUAAACAGAUCACACAUAAAUUCGAUCAAAUGCAAGUCAACAACGAAUCCAGUGUUACUACUAACAACCAUGAACAGCGGUUAUAUGAUGAUCCUUCAAAAUUACGUCAAGUCACUAGACUAGCUCCUAGAAGAUUAACUACUGAUAAUAGUGGACGUUUCCCCCCAAAACCACGUCCAAUGUUACCUCUUCGUCCAAUAGCUGAUCUAACAACUUCAAAAAUGCGAUCAACUAGUUCUGAAUCAUUGAAUAGCCGUAUAGCAACAAAUAAUAGUCAAUCUCAACGAAACAAAACAGGUCCACCUCUAAGUUAUUCCAAAUAUUUCUAUCCGCCACCUUCAACAACAUCUGUCAUUAAACAAUUGAUUGGUGGAAGUGCCACUCUUGUCUAUGAUAGCAGAGCAGAAUCACGUUCAUCAAAUACAAGCUCACCGGACAGAAAACAGCAAAAGGGCAUUCAACAAAUAGUAGACCAUUUAUCAAGUACUAAUUCAAAUCUAUUAGGUCGACAAAGAAAACCGAAGUCACCUGAUAGUGCUUAUGCAACACUUAACAAUGAACGAAAUACGCAACCGAAAUUGGUUAAGUCAAAAGUUGAUGAACCCGAUCCAAAUAAUUAUGAACAGUUAUUACGUCAAGCGUCCAAAACUUCCAAUAGUUCAUCUGAAAAAGACUAUGCUUCAGCUCAUAGUGACACUUUCGAUAUACCUACACGUACAAAUGGCAAUAUAUCAACAAAUUAUUAUCCAACUUAUGAUGCUGACUAA